AUGGGAUUAGGAAUACCCUUCAAUGAGGGGAGUAGCAAUCCCAUGGUGGAGGUGGAAACAAAGCAAAGGACCCCUUUGAAAUUUCUGUUUCCCCUAAUUUAUGCUCCUGUUCUUCCUCUCAUUCGAAUUCAAUUGCGACAUAACCCUGUUUUGAGGGACCGUUUGUUCACUGUUGUGCUUGCUGGGGCAUUUGCUCGUGGCUUUUACUUGAUAUCAGAUCUCUACGAUAUCGAGAGCAAAUGAACCUGCAGAUGGUGGCUCGAGAAAACCAUGGCUUACAGCUAUUCUGAAACAUCUUCCAGUUUGCAGAUAUCAUAUGCGGCUUGAUACUCCGGCUACAACUUGAGACAUUAAAGACAUUUUUGAGGGUAACAGGGACUGUUCCUAUCACCACAAGAGCACAAGAUCUUCUAUUUCAAAAUUAUUUGUCUAAGUCUGAUGCAAUUACAAUCACAUAAUUUAAUUGCCAAUUUUAAAAAUCAGAUCAUGGGACAGGAUUCCACCUGGCCUACCCUUCUAGGCACGUAAUGUUUUCAAAAAUU